AUGUCGACACCAACAAGAAUCAAAACGCGUAUCUUCAUCCUCUCUGAUACGCUCGACUUUAACUAUUUCUCCCCAAAAGCCGGAGUUCUCAACCUCCCCCUACCUAAAUCCGAUAUCCUCUUGCACUGUGGCGACCUCACGGAAUACGGUGAUCUCCCAUCACUUAAGAAGGCCCUCCAAAUGCUCGCCCUCAUCCCGGCGGAGCUGAAGUUGGUUAUUCCUGGGAACCAUGAUUUGUCGCUAGACCAUGAUUUCUGCGCGCGUCAAGAUAUGGACCAGGGAAAUAGGGAACGAAACGUGGGAGGUGCGACUAAAUGGAUGGAGCUGCAUGAACAAGCAAUAGAGCUAAUGACCCAGAGCGACGAAGUGAAGCGGGCAGACGUUACCUAUUUGACGGAGGGUACGCAUAGGUUUGUGUUACGAAGUGGUACGGUAGUGCGGGUUUAUGCCAAUCCAUAUACGCCUUAUCCAGAGGCAUCUGAACCAUGGGCAUUCCAAUAUCGCCGCGACCAAGACAGAUUCAACCUGCUGCCAGAAGAUGCAGGGGAUGGCAAACACAGCAUUGCAACCAACCCAGUUCCCGACGGCGAGGCUAAUAUUGAUAUUAUAAUGACACAUGGUCCACCCAGGGGGAUUCUUGACGAGUGUCAAAUUGGGAAUAUCGGAUGCGAGAAUCUAUUAAGGGCGGUUAGCAGGGCCAGGCCAUCGUUACUAGCUCAUGGGCACGUUCAUGCUGGCGCCGGAGGAAUGGCCAUAAGUUGGGAUAGGGACAGAAAGAUGAGGGGAGAUGAUGCCACCGUUUGGAGGGAACGGCUACAGAACCCCUUCCCAGGGGCUGUGGAGAUGGGAAAUGCAAAAUCGGAGGGGAGGUCUGGGGAGGAGACGUUGAUAGUCAAUGCUAGUAUAAUGGGUGAUGGGUACAAAGCUCGGAAUAAGCCUUGGAUUGUGGAUCUGUAUUUAACCACACAGGAGGAGGCGUAA